AUGCUCCGCAAAAUCUCGCACAGCAGGGAAAAUUCGGCGUCCCAUAAGCGAAAAUCCUCGCUAGGUGGUACUCCCCCGGUUUCAGGUCACAAGCGAAACACCUCUCGCAGCAGUAAUUCCAGUGUUAAUAGCAACUUCCUGGCAGAACAGUACGACAGAGAUAGAACUGCCAUCAUCAAUUCGUGUUUCCAGAAAAUUGAUCCAAGAACAGGUUCCCCAGUUUCCUCCUAUAUUACACAUGUCAGAAUUAUCGAGGACUCCAGGUUCCCCAGCUCGCGCCCUGCGGCCAAUUCGCCUUUGGAAAACAAGAAGAAGCGUGUUUUGAUCAUUAGCUCGAGUUCUGGCUCGAGUUCUGGAGGUUCGCGCAUGCAAUUGCACAAGGCCCGUGAAAAUAGCAAUGGGAGUUUCCAGAUCGGUAGAACCUGGGACCUUACGGAGCUUGAGUCCGUUGAGCGGGACCUAGAAGUGGCACAAGGGUUUACCGUAGUCAUGGGUAAGAAGUACUACUGGGAAACGAACUCUGCUAAGGAACGGACGGUUUUCAUCAAGAGUCUUGUCUCGAUCUUCAUGGAGAACUCGGGCGGGCGUGUGCCACGGCUCAUUAACUGGGACCUGGCCAUGUUUUAUCUGGACGAAACGAGCUAUGAAAGGGCUGUUAUUGUACCCAAACCCAAGUCUAAAGCCAAGCCUCAGACGCAGGCUCAACAGCCCUCAGUGGCACCUGCUGCUAAGGCAGCAGCAGUAAAGGCAGCAACCAGACCCGCCGACGGGCCUAGACCCAGCGUGUCACAAAAAGCUCAGAAUAAUAUACCCGCACCGGCUUCUGUGCCACUGCCCUUGCCGGGAGGACCAGGGCCAGGACCAGGACCAGGACCAGGACCGGCAAGUUCUGGAAGGCAGGGCCUUCCAACAGCACCUCCGGUACGGUCCACGAGGUCCUCGGGUACCUCAGGAGUCUCAGGUGGCUCAGGCACUGGAAGUGUCACGCCAGGCACGCCAGGCACGCCCGGAACCCCAGGAUCACCGAAAAAGGCCACUUUCUCCUCACAGCCAUACGCCCAGUCGGCGUCUAUCAACGACGCAGAACGCCAAUUGCAUUACAACAAGAUCUCCCAGGAGAAAAACCAAAACCAAUAUCAAAAUGCGGAUCAACAAAACACCGCUAAGGGCUAUGCGCAAACGUCGCCCCAGAACCCCCAGUUCCAACUACAAACACCAACAGCACCUUCUUCACCCUCUCACUCUCCACCCGUCUCGAGAUCGCCUUCUCGCCCGGUCUCUUACGCUAGUUCUGACGCUGACUCGAAUAAUAAAAACGUCCUACAGGAACUAGACGCAAUGCUACAUGCAUCGCCCUUGAAAACGGUAGACUUCCGCCAUAGGGCCUCCUCGUACCACGAAGCAGAAGAGCUCGUCGAUGGAGAUGAUGACUAUAACAGAGAUGGAAACAGACAAGAGGAAACGAACUUUAACGAUAGCCCCGAUUUAUCAGAAGAAGAUGACGACGACGACGACGACGAUCCGCUGAAUGAUUACACAGACCAAACUUUUGAUCAAACUUUUGAUCAAACAGUGGAAACAUUAACAGAGCAGGGACAAGAUCAAGAUCAAUAUCAAUAUCAAUAUCAAUAUCAAUAUCAAUAUCAAUACCAAGAACAAGAUCAAGAACCACGACACUUGCCAGAAAUGCAAACGCAAACUGAAUACCACCAAGUCAACACCAUCCCAGAAGAACAAUCUGAACUCGUAGAUACAACCACAGACCUUUUUCCACCCAAACUGACUACUGAGGAAAACAGCAGGCCCGAGUCACCAGCACGCAACUUAGAACAAACCAUCAAUGAAGAAAUCUUGCUUGAAGUCCUGACUGAAGUCAACUGGGGCGUCAACGACGACUCGAGCUCUUUACUGGAAAAGCUACACUCGAGACUUGCAGACGUUGACUACCAAUUCAACAAGAGUCUCUUGCUCCUCCCACAAGGGUUGAAAGAAUUGGUGCCCUUCAAAGACCGCGUUUUCAAGGAGUGCGACAAGUUGGACCCCACGUUGUCCCUAUUUACCAUGGAACUAUCCAGUGUUUCUAACGAUAUUGACUUUGUAGAAAGUCAGCGCAACGGGUUGCAAGUGAGAGUCGCAAACCGUAAACUGUUGUGGAACGAAUUGAACGAAAUCUUGGAUUCCGUUUCCAUCAACGAGCAAGCCUUGUGUGAGCUCCUCACUCUACCAGUAUCUAAGACAAGCAUAGAAAGAAUAGAAACUUUGCUAUCGAAAUUGUACGCUGCUCUAAAGGCAAUCGAUGGUAGUAAAGACCAGUUUUUGGUGCAACGUGAGGAGUAUGACUUGAGUGAUAUGAGAGCCUUGAGCGAAAGAAGACACGCUUAUGAAAGAGUCAAAGAACUCUUCAUUGAAAGAAUCCAAGAGCAAAUGGCACAGAAAUACAAGGAAAUCGAAAGAGCCACAGACAAUACCAAAGAUGCACUUGCUAACACUCUAGUAUUCUCCUCUUUGAUUUUAUUCUGCAAAGACGUAUCGGCAAACUCUUACGAGAAACUUAUCGAUAUGUGGAACGAUAGUGUUUACAAACUCUACGAGAGAAAGACAAAUAUCCUGCUUUCAAAGAUGAGACCCGUUGCUGUAAAUCAAAACUCUCAACAAUCUCACUUAUCGAUUAACCAAUCUGAACAAGACGCGUUGUUCGACUGGUGGUAUACGCUAAGGGUCCGCAAGGCCCCUUACAUGGAAAACACAGAUUUGAACCCUCAACUAGUGUCUGCCAUCAAGGCUACGAAGGAGAUGGAAUCCAUCUGUAUUGUCUACCAGAAUUUCGCCUCAGCUUUCUUCCAUUUAUCUUCUAGACAUUCGUUUAAUGACUUUGUCGACUCUGUGUCGCCAAACGAAAGAGGUUUCAUGGACUUACAAAAAAUUUGGCCAAUGGAAUCCGUUAGGAAAAACGCGUCAAACAUCAACAACCUUGUGUCCAAGAUCAUGCAAAACCAAUUGGUCAAGUUUUUCAAAGCUGUAUACACAGUUGCCGCCAACAACAGGCUCGACAAUCCGGCCUUGUUGCUCUACUUAGAAGAGCGAAUCAAGGACCUCGAAUCCUCGAAUCAAGAAGUGUUGAGAAACUAUUUGAUCAAGGCCUACCAAAGAAUCCAGCACGAUUUCAGUAGCUACAUCGAUGAACACUGUGUGUAUAUCGAGAGAGCUGUGAUCAACUUCAAAUCAAGAUCUCUAUCGCCAUCCAUCGUGUCGCUCCCAGUGCUUACCCGUACCGUAGAAAACAGCCUCAAAGCAACUGUAGACUGGUUACACUUGGACCCCAAUUUCAUGUAUGACUCGCACAAGUUCGCAGAACAAGCAUAUAUGAGGAUCGCUGACUCAACGCUAAAGCUUCUCACGACGAGUACCACACAAGAUGUCAGUAGCGAAAUCGUUGUCGACAACAUUAACUCGAACUCGACAGAAAAACUCGAUGAAACCGUGUCAAUCUUGCUAAACGCAAACCUCAUCUUAGAGACGCUCCCAUUGUUCGACAUGGACGUGUUUUCUGAUGUGCUUCAAGAGGCAAAGCGUUUAUUCGAUGCCGAAAAGGAAACCUACUCGGAAAUGCUGCUCACUAGCUCCAUGCGCGACCUAACAGCGUUUGUCCAGGGGGCCCAAAGUCUGAUCAAAUCAGGAGCUAAUGGUGCCCCAACUGCAAACUCCCAUACAGAUCCAAAGCAAUGGGCAGCUUAUAGCGAACAAAACUUAAACAAAAUCCUCUCCUCAUACACCUCCCGCGAAAUCGCAGAUAUGAUCAACCAGUUGUACGCUAACAUGGAGUCCCACUUCCUCACAGCAGAUUCUACAGCAAACAACGCUACCAAGAUUCUCUGUCAGAAACUAUGGUCCAACAUUCAGGGUAGAACCGUCUCCUUCUACCUAUCAUUGUACUCAUUGAUCGAAAGACACUACAAAAACACUAGCAUUCAAUUCAACAAAAAUGACAUUAUUGCUGCAUUUGAACACCACAAGUAA